CACGUCCUUCAGCGCUGGCUGCCGCCUGCUCUGCCGCGGCUCAGGUCGCGGCUCUGAGCCCCCGAGAGGGCUGCGCGCUCGGGCGGAUUCCUCGACAGCGCCCGCGGCGGCAACGCAGCAGCAGCCGCAUGGCCUUUGGAGCUGCAGCCACGGCGCCCCCCACCCCGACCCCAAGUGGGCGCCGGGAAUCUGGGGGAGGGGAGCGAGGCAGCCUCGGCCGCCGAGUCGCGGCGGCUCCCGCACCUCCGUGUUCCCGGCUGCCGGCUCUGCUCCAGGAGCCCCGCGGCGUUGUAGGGCGGGGAACUAGAUUUGUGCUCGGCGCUUCCUCUUGGGGCUCCCCGCGGUGCAGAGUGUGAGAUGGGAGUGCCAAUUUGGGAACCUCUCCGGUUCUUUUAAAUGUUUUCUACUUGUCCUUGACUAAGGCCUUGGCCUAUUUACCACCGUAGCCGCAGGCAAACUGUGCGUGACCGCGCCUGCUGGGGACUUUACCAUCCGUGCACUGGGACCCGGGGAAGAAGAACCAGAAGCUCCCCAUCCCCUCCACCAUUGCGGGGACUCCUCAGGGAUUCGUUUUGGGGUUCUCACUGACUUCUGAGAAGGACGCGUUGCCCCUCUCCGACCCCAGCUCAGGCGGCCACCUGUCUUUGCCGCGGUGACCCUUCUCUCAUGACCCUGCGGUGCCUCGAGCCCUCCGGGAAUGGCGCGGAAGGGACGCAGAGCCAGUGGGGGACCUCGGGGUCGGCGGAGGAGCCGUCCCCAGAGGCGGCGCGACUGGCGAAAGCCCUGCGGGAGCUUAGUCACACAGGUUGGUACUGGGGAAGUAUGACUGUUAAUGAAGCCAAAGAGAAAUUAAAAGAGGCACCCGAAGGAACUUUCUUGAUUAGAGAUAGUUCGCACUCAGACUACCUACUAACAAUAUCUGUUAAAACAUCAGCUGGACCAACUAAUCUGCGCAUCGAAUACCAAGACGGGAAAUUCAGAUUGGACUCUAUCAUAUGUGUCAAGUCCAAGCUUAAGCAAUUUGACAGUGUGGUUCAUCUGAUCGACUACUAUGUUCAGAUGUGCAAGGAUAAGCGGACGGGCCCAGAAGCCCCCCGGAACGGCACCGUUCACCUCUAUCUGACCAAACCGCUCUACACAUCAGCACCACCCCUGCAGCAUCUCUGUAGACUCACCAUUAACAAAUGUACCGGUACUAUCUGGGGACUGCCUUUACCAACAAGACUAAAAGAUUACUUGGAAGAAUAUAAAUUCCAGGUGUAAGCGUUUCUCGUUUGCUAAACACGCCUCCUGUAGCGUAUCUCGGAAUGCAGCUCUGUGAGAGAGGACCCAGACCCCAGACGGGAGUGCCGGCCCAGAGGACCCCGCGGAAUGCAAAGAACCACCGCUGAAGGCCAUCUCACUUAAAUGCGUGGCAAGGUAGCUAGGUCUUUAAAGCUCCCCUGGAUCUUUUCCCCUGAGGGGUACUUCCCUCCGUAAGACUGACCGAGACCAUUUGAUCCAUUUCAGGUAAAGAGCAAAUGUCCCAAGGAAAGGCUGAAGGAACAUUUGAUCAGGACUCUGCCUUUCUGAGGUUGCUUUCUGUUAAGUGGCAGGUCCCAGCGCCGGGGGUAGAGAAGGCGCUCCCUCCCCUUGGGCCGCAGAAGUGGAGGGAACCAAACUGACACAGGCUUCAGCGCAGUUUUGAUUGCCUGGUGAUCAGUCUCUUUUAGGAGAUGGGGUACUUGGCAUUCUGGUGUACCUAGGAGAUGUGUUAAACAGACAUGCUUGUGAGUAUUUAUCCUUCAUUUUAUGCAAUUAACCAAAUCCACCAAAAAAAAGUGACCAUGAAAUCCUGUCUUUGUCUUUUUACUACAUGUAUGAACUCUCUCCUGUGAAUGAGUACUGUAGUAAUCCAUUUCAAGGGAGCCUUAUUUCGGAAAUAUUUCACACUGGUGCACACGGAAAAGACUUCUUCUUUUCCUUUAAGGCUAAAGACAAGAAUGUCCUGCUAUACAGGUGCAACUCAAUCUCUGUUCAUAAAACCCUGUAGAUAGAGACAUUUUACCCUUGGAAGGAGCUGUGUCCCACAACGUGGUUGCCAUUGAUGCUUUGCAAAUGGCUUUAGAAAUUUCCAAGGGGUCUAACCGUGGACAUUCGCAGGUAUCUCCCUUCUACCAUGUAGAACCCUUUGACUUAAUUUUCUUCCAGAUAUGGGGGGAUACCUGCCUGUUUUUCAAAGUGUUUAUUUACUGCUGUUACUAUUUGAUUAGAAUGUAUUAAAUAAAAAAAACCGGACUUUUA